GUCAACGACUCUGAAAACACACACACACAGAGAUGAGACGAUUUCCAUGAAAGCAGUGAUGUCUUUCCCAUGAUCGAAUGUGGUUGCAAAUUGACAAGAACUUUAACCAUUAAGAUUUGGGAAACAAAGAGAUGAGUAAUUUCCAUUCCCUCCCCGCGUUAAUAAUAUCUGAGAAUUGGAGUCCAAGUAAUUAUUUAUGCAAGUGAUCAGUCAAGUUCUAAUUAACCACAGGAAGAAAACACAAGGAGAUCUAGCAAGAGUAAGCUAUGAUCCUGGUAUUAACAUUGCUAAUGUUGUAGAUGAAUUGUACCUUUGAGAGAGAGGGAAAACAUUGAAAUGGCGGAUGCUGUGGUUGAAUUUCUCUUGGACAAUCUCAAGCAACUGCUACUCUACAACUCUGAUUUGAUAUGUGGGGUAAAGGGCCAAGUUGAUUCUCUUUACAAGGAGCUUAGUUUGAUGAAAGCAUUCCUCAAAGAUUCUAAAGAGAAACGUAGUGAAUAUGAAUACAUAAGAGAGUUGGUCAGACAAAUCAGAGAUGUAGCUUAUGAAGCAGAGGACACCAUUGACACAUUUGUAGUUAAUGCAGCCAUGCAGAAAGAGAGAAGCACGUUGAGCAAAAUCGUCCAUGCAUUCGAUUAUCCAGCAAAGCUUCGAUCUGUUGCAAAGGAUAUUGAAUCCAUCAAGACAAAGGUGAAGGAGAUUUAUGAUAAAAAGAUGUUUGGAAUUGAAGCUCUUUAUGCUGGGGAAUCUUCAAAUAGAUUUUCAUCACAGAGGCGAAAACCUAUGGUUGAGGAAGAUAAUGUUGUUGGUUUUGAUGAAGAAGCGAAAGAAAUAGUAAGUCGUCUCACUAAUAUCUCGGAGUCACUGGAAGUUGUCUCAGUUGUUGGUAUGGGUGGACUUGGCAAGACAACUCUUGCUAAGAAGGUUUACUGUAAUCCCACCAUUGAAUUCCGCUUCUUUGUCCGUGCUUGGGUGUAUGUUUCCCAAGAAUACAACAGAAAGGAAGUACUUUUUGCCAUCUUGAGUUCUCUCAUGCAGCCUUCCGACCAAACUUUUAAAAUGAACGAAGAAAUGCUGGUUCAAGAAAUAUGCAAACAAUUAAAUGGCCGAAGAUAUCUCAUUGUACUAGAUGAUGUAUGGACGACAGAUGCAUGGGAUGAUCUCAAGAUGGCUUUUCCAAACCAAGAUUGUGGAAGUAGAAUACUAUUAACCAGCCGUAACACAGAUGUGGCUGUUCUUGCAAACCCUGAUAGCCCUCCUCAUCAUUUGCGAUUUCUGAAUGAUGAUGAAAGUUGGGAGCUACUUUCUACAAAAGUCUUCAGGAGAGGAAGUUGUCCAUCAGAGCUGGUUGAACUUGGACGAACGAUUGCUAGAAAAUGCUAUGGACUGCCACUUGCCAUAGUGGUCGUUGCUGGACUUCUUUUGAAGAAAGAUAAAACACGAGACCUGUGGAAGAAAGUUGCUGAAAGUGUUAGUUCAUAUGUUGCAAGAGAUCCAAAGCAAUGCUUAGAUGUAUUAGCACUAAGUUACAAGCAUUUACCUGAUCACUUGAAGGUGUGCUUCAUCUAUUUUGGUGCUUUCCCUGAAGACUUCCCGAUACCCGUUUGGAAAUUGCUUAUGUUGUGGGUGGCAGAAGGGUUUAUACAACAGGUUGGCCAAGAUUGCUUAGAAGAUACAGCGGAGGAGUAUUUGGAAGAUCUUGUUGAACGGAAUCUGAUAUUAGUUGCUAAAAAGAGAUCAAACGGAAAGAUCAAGACAUGUCGUGUUCAUGAUAUGCUGCGCGAUUUGUGCCUGAGAGAAGCAGCAGAAGAAAAGUUUUUACAGGUGAUCAAAGGGCACAUACAUGAUGCCAAUUCUCAAGUCUCAUCUGGAAAUUAUCACCGGCGUCUUUGUGUUCAUUCUCAUGUCCUGAACUUUAUUCACUCAAAGCCUUAUGGCCCUCAUGUUCGUUCUUUCUUGUGUUUUCCCGUGGAAGAAAAGGAAUUAUCUCGAGAACAUACAUCUUUCAUUCAUGAAGCUUUUAAGUUGGUUCGUGUGUUAGAUAUGAGGUCCAUCAAUAUUUCCCGCUUUCCAGUUGUAAUCACACAGCUGGUGCAUUUGAGGUAUGUUGCUCUCUUUGGCAAUUUUAAAGUUCUUCCUCCAUCAAUUUCCAAGUUGUGGAGUCUUCAGACUUUAAUUGUUGAGACAACAUCCCGUGACCUUGAUAUUCAAGUAGAUAUAUGGAAAAUGUCACAAUUUAGGAAUCUACGCACGAGUGGGUCCAGUCGCUUACAUGGGCCCCAAGCCAAAACACGAAUGGAUAAUGAAGAUCCCUUUGUACAAAGAAACAUACAAACCAUCUCUACUGUUUCACCUGAUAGCUGCACAGAGAACGUCUUAGCAAGAACUCCUAAUCUUAGAAAGCUGGGAAUUCGUGGAAAACUCGUUCUGCUCAUGGAAAAAAACAAAGGGUAUAGUUUGUUUGACAAUCUAGCCAAACUAGAUAAACUUGAGAAACUGAAGUUGUUGAAUGACACAUUCCCACGCCCACCAUCUGAAGGUAAAUUGCGAGGUCUUCCGCCACUUUACACAUUUCCACCUCAUUUGAAGAAGUUAACAUUCUCAGACACCUUGUUGGAUUGGAAGCAUAUGUCUACAAUAGGCAUGCUGCCAAAUCUUGAAGUGCUAAAGUUGAAAGUGUAUGCAUUCAAGGGACCUCAAUGGGAACCGCGUGCUGGUGAGUUUCGUCUGCUUAAAGUGUUGCAACUUGGAAAGAGCGAUCUGGUGCACUGGAUGGCUUCAGCUCAUCACUUUCCUAGACUACAACACCUUGUGGUCGAGCACUGCACUAAUCUGUUGGCUAUUCCUCAUGGUUUGGCGGAUGUCUCUGCACUGCAGACCAUGGAGCUGUAUCACACGCCAUCUGCUGUAGAUUCUGCUCGUCUAAUUCAGCAACAAAAGCAAAUGCAGCAGCAACAACAACAGCAUGUGAAAAGUAAUGGGUUUAAGCUGUUAAUUUAUCCUCCGGAGUAGUAGUACCAAUUCCAAUCUAUGAUGAAAUACUGGAAAAUAGAUGAUGGGACUUUCAUUGGUCAUCAACUGUGUUCUUUCAGGUCUUUCAAAUUAAUCUUGGUGUGCACAAGUUAACGUAGACAUCCGUAUUAUAGAAAGGAACAUGGUUCUAAAUAACUUGUUAUAGCGUGUUAUGGCAUUCGAGGUUUGGCUUCGCCAUUACGUCAACCCCUAUGGCUUCACUCCAAGGCUUGACUUCCGUUGUAACACAGACGUGUUAUGGUUAUGGCGUAUUAUGAUACGUUAUUUUGAAAGACAUGGUUUUUUUUUCCUUUUUUUAAACAUAUAA